GACGACCCAGUGAAGGAGCCCGAGCCCGAGCGUUCCAAGCAUCCGUCCGAUGCCUCGGAGGUCAAGGAGUCGGGAACAACGGCUUCCGAUCUGCCUCGUCUGAGUAGCCGAAGCAUGAGAGAUCGCCCGUUGCCGCCGGUGCCCCACUUCCUUGAAGCCUCGGAGGCAGAGAGCAUCAUGGCCGAGCUGGCUCAUCAGGAGGCUGUGCUUAAGGAGUUGCAGGUCAUGGAAGAGCUUCAUGCAGAGGAACUUGAGUUGGCCAAGUUGCUUUCUUGCUUGGAACUCGAGCAGACACCCAAUGCCCUGCCACCCUCCAAGACCACAAUCUGUCCCGAUCAGGUGGACACCCUCCCCAUGUCCUGGGAUGAUCCCACCAGUGCGGCUUGGGCUCCUCCGGUUGAGCCCUUGUUGGAGGAUGCCUCGAAGCUUGAAGCUGAUAGCUGGGCAGAGCUCGGCUUGCACCCGUAUGAUGGUGAUGGUCAAAGCUGCGACGCAAAGCCAACACUUCUACGAGCUCAGCACAUAGACGAAGGCCCAGGAGUUGCUGUGGCUGCCGCAGAAGAGGUUCCCGCGCCCCCCAGCGCAGCAGCAUCUGAGGAAGAUGCCAUCAUGGAUGAUUGUGGUGCAGAGCAAAAUGCUACUGAGCCUACCGGUUCUGAGCAAGAUGCCGUCAUGGAUGAUUGUGGUGCAGAGCAGAGUGCUCCUGAGCCUACCGGUUCCAUGGCUGAAAGUGCUGUCGCAGAUGACACCGCAGCAGAUGCUGUCACAGGUGGGCCCGAUACCGAAGCAGAUCAGCGCGCUCCAAAGCCCUCGAACCCGGGUGCUAUGCCAGAUGGUGAAGCCGAGCGGGCUUCGUUGGAGCCCCCUGCUUGCAUGGAAACACUCAUGCCCAUCUCGCCACAAGAGCAGACAAAGGCUCUGGGGACGUCGGGGCGAGAUGAGAACUCCGGCGAGUCCGAUGAUGGCGGUGCCAAGCAUGCUACCGUGAAGAAGGCUCCGAAGAAUGGAGAGUUGGAGCACUCGGCCAAGAGGGCUAAGUGCACGGGGGAUGCACGUGACGACGCAUCGGACGAGGAGGACGACAGCCCGUUUGAAGCCGGCUUCAGGUUUGUUGGAUCUACCAAAAAGCUAUCCAAAGCAGCCAAGAAGGCUGCUGUCGCAAAGGCCGGUGGCAGGUGUGGCAAGAAGGCAGCCAAGGCUGCUGAGGAUGGCGACAAGAAGACGAGCAAGGCUGCUGAGGAUCGCGACAAAAAGUCGACCAAGACUGGUGAGGAUCGCAAGAAGCCGGCCAAGGCUGCUGAGGAUCGCAAGAAGUCUACCAAGGCUGGUGAGGAUCACAAGAAGUCUACCAAG